UGAUUCAACGUAGAUAUUCUCUAAAUUCACACGCAUAUUGCUCUGCAUGCCACUUCCUUUGAUUUAUCAGAGCAGCUUAACAACAAAAUACUUUUUGCUACCCCAUGUCAGAGAUAACAGAGGAAGACUGCUGGACAGCAAUCUCAUCACACUUUGAUCAAUACGGUCUGGUCCGUCAGCAACUGGACAGUUUUGACGAGUUUAUAGAAACGACCAUGCAGGAAAUCAUCGACGAGAACAAUACGCUGAUUGUGCAGAGCAUACCAUCGGCCGGCAAAGAAAGUGUGCAGAAGAUAAUACUCAAAUUUGGGCAGAUCUACAUUUCUAAGCCGCCUGUUAUAACAGAACAGGACGGUAAGACCAACACGCUCUUCCCCUGUGAAGCAAGGCUACGAGAUUUGACGUAUGCCUGUCCGUUGUACGUUGAUGUCACCAAAAGCGUUGCGGAGAACGAGGAGAGUGACGAUCAUUUUUAUCGGCAGGUGCCUAUCGGUCUUGUCCCUGUUAUGCUUCGGUCGUCGUGCUGCAUACUACACGGUUUGUCGGACAAGAACCUGACUGAACUCGGUGAGUGCCCGUAUGAUCAGGGCGGUUAUUUCAUAAUUAACGGAUCAGAGAAGGUGCUGAUUGCGCAAGAGAGAAUGGCAACAAAUGUUGUGCAUGUAUUUGAGAAGAGCGUAUCCACAUACACGCAUUACGCUGAGAUACGGUCAGCGCCGCAGAAGGGAUCUAAAACACCAUCCGCGCUGAUUGUAAAGCUGGUGAAGAAGACAGAGACUGAAUUUUUGCUGCGGGCAACACUACCAGGUGUCCGGCAAGACAUUCCUGUUAUUGUGAUCUAUCGUGCGCUUGGUUUUGUAUCGGAUAAGGAAAUAAUGGAGCACUUGAUCUACGAUCCGAACGACAAGGAGAUGCUGCAGGUAAUACGGCCAUCGAUCGAGGAGGCCUUUGUGAUACAGGAUCAAAACGUGGCGCUCGAUUACAUCGGCAAAAGGAGUGCGCCGGCUGGCAGUCCGCGGGAGAAACGAAUACAAUUUGCCAAGGACAUCCUGACCAGGGAAUUUCUUCCGCACAUCGGAGACAAGCAGUUCUGUGAGACAAGGAAGGCAUUUUUCUUCGGAUACAUGAUUCAACGCUUACUCAACUGCGCGAUGAAAAGAGUCACGCCCGAUGACCGCGACCACUAUGGAAAGAAACGAAUGGACCUGGCCGGUCCACUCCUCGCACAGCUCUUCAAAGUGUUGUUCAGGAAGCUCUGCCAGGAGACGAUCAAGCAUAUGCAGAAGUGCAUAGAAAACAAGCGAGAUUUUAACAUUGCGCUGGGUCUAAAGACGAGCAUAAUCACACAAGGCUUCCGAUACUCGCUCGCAACAGGCAACUGGGGUGAGCAAGCACGGGCGAUGCAAACCAAGGCGGGAGUUGCACAGGUGCUCAACCGCUACAAUUUCAUAAGCACGCUGAGCCAUCUUCGGCGUGUUAACUCGCCGAUGGGCCGCGAGGGAAAGCUGGCAAAGCCCAGGCAGUUGCACAACACACAUUGGGGCAUGGUAUGUCCCGCAGAGACUCCAGAAGGACAGGCAUGUGGUCUUGUGAAAAACCUUUCGCUACUUGCAUACAUCUCUGUGAACCAUCCGAUCGAGGGUGUUGUAGAACUGCUCGAGGAAUUUGGGCUGAAGAGUCUCGAGGAGGUGGCGGCAUCAGAGGUGAACAAGGCAACUAAGGUGUUUGUAAAUGGCACGUGGCUAGGUAUCACGACCGAGCGCGAGUUUUUGUACACCGUGCUAAAACGUAUGAAGCGUCAGGCCCGUAUUCACAAAGACGUGAGCAUCGUGCAGUCGCUGCGCGAUAAGGAAAUACGCAUUCUGUGCGAUGCAGGUAGGCCGUGCAGGCCAUGCUUCGUCGUGGAAAACAAUCGUAUUCUAUUUACAGCUGAGCAUGCGAAUAUGCUGAGGGAAGGUAAGAUGAUCUGGGAGGACCUGGUGAACAACGGCAUAGUUGAGUACUUGGACGUGGAAGAGGAGGACCAAGCGAUGAUAUGCAUGUCGCCCGACGAGCUGUACAAACAACAGAUGGUCACGGAUCGUGUUAAUGCAGAGUUGCGCGGAGAAAGGGGUGAAAGCGUGGAAAGAUCCAAGGGACAUGCUUCCAGAAACAUGGGCAAACACAUAGCGCCUGCGACUCCUGGAGACGAUCUGCAUGACCUGAUAACGAACUACACGCACUGCGAGAUACAUCCGUCUAUGAUACUUGGCAUAUGUGCCUCGAUGAUACCGUUUCCUGAUCACAACCAGAGCCCGAGAAACACGUACCAAAGUGCAAUGAGCAAACAGGCGAUGGGUGUAUACGCAACCAAUUUCUUACUCCGGAUGGACAGUCUGUCUAACAUCUUGUUCUACCCGCAGAAACCGCUCGUGACUACGCGUGCGAUGGAGUACCUGCGUUUCCGUGAACUGCCUGCCGGUCAAAACGCGAUCGUAGCAAUUGCAUGUUACACGGGCUACAACCAAGAGGACAGCGUAAUAAUGAAUCAGAGUGCGAUAGACCGCGGUCUGUUUAGAUCGUUCUUGUACAGGACGUACACGGAUCAGGAAACGAUGAAUGGUCCAGGCUGUGUAGAAGUGUUUGCCAAGCCACGUCGAGGCGAGGUAUUACGCAUGAAGAACCUGAACUAUGACAAGUUGGACGAAGAUGGCAUCGUUAAUCCCGGUGCGAGGGUAACCGGGGAGGAUGUUCUGAUAGGUAAAAUUUUGCCGGUCAUUGAGCGUACAGGUGCGGAUGGCGGAGCGCUGAUCGACAACAAGGACGGGAAGAUCAACACGGAGAGCAACGCGACGAAUGUAUCAUGGAAAGAUGCAAGUACUGCUAUGAGGCCUACAGAGGAGGGCGUAGUGGAUAGCGUAAUUGUAACGAACAGGGAGGGCUACAAGUUCACGAAGGUGAAGAUACGCAGUUGCAGAGUGCCCGAGAUGGGCGAUAAAUUUGCAAGUCGCCAUGGACAGAAAGGAACCAUUGGGAUCACGCUGCGUGCCGAGGACAUGCCGUUCACCAGCGAGGGAAUAAUUCCUGAUAUAAUCAUAAACCCGCACUGCAUCCCGAGCCGAAUGACGAUCGGUCACUUGAUUGAGUGUUUGCUUGGGAAAGUGAGCGCGCUCGCAGGUGAGGAGGGCGAUGGAACACCAUUCUCCGAUGUGACGGUUGAGGCAAUCAGCGAGCAGCUCAAGGACUUUGGUUACGAGCAUCGUGGUCUCGAAACGAUGUACAAUGGGAUGACGGGUCGCAAGCUGGACGCUCAGAUCUUCAUAGGUCCGACCUACUACCAGCGACUCAAGCACAUGGUGCAGGACAAGGUGCAUGCACGUGCGCACGGGCCCCUGCAGGUACUUACCAGACAACCUGCUGAGGGUCGAUCGCGCGACGGUGGCCUGCGAUUCGGCGAGAUGGAGCGUGAUUGCAUAAUAUCGCAUGGCACCAGUCUGUUCCUCAGGGAGAGGCUGUUCGAGGUGAGCGACUUCUUUUCGCUUAUCGUGUGCGAGCAAUGCGGACUGUUCUGUCUGGAGGACGGUUGCAAGGGCUGCGGUAAUAAGACAAAGCUUGCCAUCGUGGAAAUGCCCUACGCGUUCAAGCUGUUGCUGCAGGAAUUGAUGGGCAUGAAUAUCGCACCAAGGCUGCGCUUGUGUGAUGAUAUUUAAAUUUGUGUGUGAUAAUCAUAUUUAUGCGAUUUUUUGUGUUCUUCCAUUUAUAGGUGUGUUUAUGCAAACAUAAGGUUUGAGCAUUCCUUUUUGUGUGCAAACUCUAAUUAAGCUCCCCAUUUGCUGCUAGCGGUACCUGAGUAUGCAAUACAAUGGCGAAAGACCAAACAGACAUGUUGUGGCUGAAGUGUUCUCCAACACAACAACUGUUUCAUGCACCUUUUGUGCGUUCUUAUGGGAUGAUUAGCAUUUUGCACGUCUCAUCAAAAUAAU